AUGAGUCACAUCCACGUGUCAUGUCGGGUGCGGCCUCAGAACAGCGUGGAACGGAAGCAUGGGGGGCAGGAAUGCGUCAAAAUCACCGACGGCAAAGCCAUGGAGAUCAGCAACGACGAAGGGUUUGCAAACGACUAUCUCAAAUGCACGUUCGACCAGGUGUUUGACGCACAUGCCACCCAGAAAGAAGUAUACGAAGCGACAGCAAAGCCCCUCGUCUUGGACCUGCUAAACGGAUACAAUUGCACGGUGUUUGCGUACGGACAAACGGGGUCGGGAAAGACCCACACCAUCUACGGACCCAAAGAUGGCGUCGCCACCAAACCCGACGAUCAAGGGUUGAUCGGUCGACUCGUGCACGACCUGUACGACCACAUCCGACGGCGGCAGUCGGACCAACUAGUGUUUGAGAUCUCUGGCUCGUUCAUUGAGAUAUACAUGGAACAAAUCAACGACCUUUUACAGCCAGCCAACAAGAACCUCCGCGUGCGUGAAAACACUGACAAAGGCGUGUACGUGGACGACUUGCUCUCUGUGCGUACACCAACUGAGGAGUCGAUGCUCAAACUCGUGGAGCGAGGCAACACCAACCGAGUCGUGGCUUGCACGCGCAUGAACAACGACUCGAGCCGAAGCCACACGGUGUUGGUGGUCAAUAUGGUGCAGCGAGACGUGGCGGCGGCGACGGAGAAGCGCGCGACCAUGUACGUGGUCGACUUGGCCGGGUCAGAAAUGGUCAUGAAGACACUCGCGUCGGGCAAAACGCUCAACGAAGCCAAGGCGAUCAACAAGUCGUUGUCGGCCCUGAGCAACGUCAUCAAAGCGCUUGGGGACGGCCACAAGCACAUUCCGUUUCGCGAUUCCAAGCUCACGCGGAUACUGCAAGACUCGCUGGGGGGGCAUGCCAAAACGUGCUUGAUCGUGACCGUGUCGUCCAGUUCGUACAACGUGGCCGAGACCAUCUCGACAGUGCGGUUUGGCACGCGCGCCAAGGAAAUCAAAAACGACCCCACGCUCCACGAGGUCCAAGAUGCGUCCAUGUGCGACUACCAGCAACUGUACCAACACCUCGUCCUCGAACACGCCAAAACACAGCAGCAAUUGCAAGAGUUGAUCCAGGCAACGGCCAACUCGUCGACGCGGCCGCCGGAACCCAUAAUGACUCAUCUACUAUCACCAGAGGACGACGACCCUUGCCUUCAAGCUGACGCUAAUCCUCAUCAAGCAGCAUUAGAACCUCCACCACCACUUUGUGCUGUGGUCGAAAUCUCGGUGCAGCACCAAGCAUCGCAAACACCGCCGUUGGCGCCACCACCACCCUCGACAGCACCACCCCCUUCAACCCUGGCACGAACGUUGACGUCGCUGCUGUUUGCAGACCAAACGGCGACACGAACAGACCCAGCACCACCACUUGGCCAUGCCGACCUCGUGGCGCAACUGAGCCAACUGCAAGAGGACCUGCAAAUGUGUCGGUUUGAAGUGGACGCAAUGCGAGAAAUGAAUCACGUGCUGAGUGCCCAAAACGAGGCCUGUAACACGCGCACGGCCGAGUUGGAAAGCGCACUGGACGCGCUCAAGGAAAUCAACCGCACAAUCAGCGCCCAGAACACCGUGUUGAGCGACCGCAACCUCGAGCUGGAAGCCGUCGACACUGCGCGCGCGAACUUGGCGCCCACGGACGUUGUUACGGUUGGCCAUCUUCCAGAGGCGCCCAAUAUGGCGGCCAUAUCCAAUGAUUAUGUACCCAGUAGUGCCCUUGUCGACACGCUGACACGCAAACUCGUCGAGAUGAAAAUGCACGUGCAUUUCGUGACAGAAUACACCAAGUCGAUUCUCGACCACGAACCGUAUGAGAUUGUGCACCAACUGACGCAGCUCAAGCUCGACAACGAACGCCUUCGGUUGGAAGCUCACCACCAUGCCAUCACGAUCAAGGAACUUCAGGCCAAGUGUCAGGCGAUGCAAGAAGCUGUGGCCAAAACCGACGACAACACGGCCAGUUUGCAGCGAACGAUCGGGGAAUACCAAGCCUUGUACAAAGAGCAAGUUCGGUUGAGCCAAGAGCGGCAGCAAAACCUGUUGAAAGAAGUCGAGUAUUACAAAAUGAUAUGGCAACGCAGUGCACCGACGACCAAACGAGACAACAACCAGCAGCCCCUCUUCACGGCGACCACUUCUUUCACCCCCAGUCACAUCACGUUGCCAGCCGACGGUGGCACGACCCAGCAUUCGCUGUUCAAAGCGGCGUCGUUCUCGGGAGUCGUGCCAGUGGAACCGCUCAGCUUGAUGGCGUUGAAGCGAAGCUCGAAUCGCAAGAUUGUCAAGCCGCAGUCGCCGAAAACGGGCGGCUGCAUGCAUUUGCCUCACACCAAUAGCCCCAUCAUCAUCCAUGCCAAUCAAGCCAACCCCGAUUCCACCGACGCCAACAACGUCCACGUGGUUGAAGAAGACGAUGACCCGCUCAGCUCAGUGUUUGGCCAAGACGUGCGGCGUGGCUAG